AUGGCUGAGCAUAAUGAGGUUAAGAAUAAUCAAAUAUCAGAAAAUUCAAGUGCAUUAUCUAAUAAUACUAUAAAUGAGUAUGAAGCGGAUGAAGAAGCUAUUGCUGAAAAUGCUAUCGAGAAAGAAGAAUUACCAUUACAGCGUACAAGUACCAAGGUAUCAUUUUUCAAUGAAAGAUUCACAGCUCAUCGCAUUUUAUUAGUUUGGAAAUUUCUAAAAAUUUAUUUAAUUAUAAGUAUUGGAUGUCUUAGUGUAUUUUCAAUAUAUUGGGGAUCAAUGUAUCAAAGAGAAACAAGAUUAAAAAAUUUGAGAAUGUUAGUGGUGAUUGAAGAUGAUCAAACUAUAGAUUCGGUACCUCCAUUAUUUGGAAAUCAAAUUAAAGAAGUUCUAGAAACUAAAGAAGCUAAAGAGUUAGGAGAUUGGCAUAUUUAUAAUAGUACUGAAUUUUCAAAAAUUGCACAACGACAUAAUAAUAACUCAAUUGAACAAGAAGUAAUGAGACAAAUUCAUCAUCAAAAUUAUUGGUCAUCAAUAUACAUAAAACAAAGUGCGACUUAUAAUUUAUACAAUGCUAUUAUAGAUGGAGAUUCUUCAUAUAAUGUAUCAAAUUCAUCUAUUCUAUCAUAUUAUGAAACUGGUAGAGAUAUAAUUGCAACUGCUCAAUAUGUAACACCAUCAAUUGAAACAAUCGAAAGAAUGUUUUUAGACAGAAAUAACAUUACUCAAUCACUUAUAAAUAUAAUUGGAAAUAUUCCAAAUAAUCAAAAUUCAUUACAAGUGUUAGCUCAAUCAUUACAAUUUCAAUUUUAUGAUAUGAGACCAUCUACCUCAAGUGUAUUAAUAGCUCCAUUACAAAUUGGGUUAUUAUACAUGAUCAUAGUCACUUUUUUCCAAUUUCAAUUCUUUGCUGAUCUACAUAUGGGAGUAGUUAAGGUUUUAAAAGGUAAACAUUACCUAAUGUAUCGAUUAUUUACAUCAAUUUUUUCAUAUUUUAUAAUCAGUCUCAUGUUUUCAUUAGUUACAUUAGCUUUUCAAGUUGAUUUUACUGUUACUUUUGGUAAAUCUGGUUUUUUGGUAUACUGGAUGGUUUCAUUUUUGACUAUGACUGCAGUGGGGACAAUGAAUGAAAUUGCUGCUUUAUUAUUGAUACCUAUAUAUCCACCAUUACUAGGAUUUUGGUUAAUAUUUUGGGUCAUUAUCAAUAUUACACCUACAUUUACUCCAUUGGCUUUAUGUCCUGAAUUUUUCAGAUAUGGAUAUGCUUUACCGUUACAUAAUAGUUAUGAGAUUUCAAAAGUUGUGUUUUUAAACACUUGGAAAGGUCAAUUUGGUAGAAAUAUAGGGAUUAUAAUUGCAUGGGAUGUUGUUUUGGUGGUAUCACAACCAUUCAUUAUAAUAUUGUUUGGUAAACAAAUGGCUAAGAAAAUGCAAAAGGCUGCAAAAAAAAAAUAA